AUGGCAGCCCUGUCGAUCGCCCGCCGACGGCCGCGUGAAUGCGUAAAUGUAAAUGCGCUGCGCCUCGCCAUCCGGUCGCGUCCGUCGCCGCGCCUCGGCGCGCUCCGCCGUAAUUUAGGCGCGACCGCCCCCCCCCCCCCCCCCGUGCACCCCGCUAGCCCCCCGCGCCCGCUCCUUCGCCCACCGCACGCUAGGGCCGCGACAGACGGCUUCGCAAUAAUAGACGCCUCGGUUGAGGCAAGCCUACGCGGGCUCCAUCUCUCGUCAUCGGCACUAAUCGCUCGGCACUUGUCGUCGAGU